AUGAUAAUCGAAAGGCUAUACACCUACCCCAUCAAAUCCCUCCGCGAAACCUCCCUCCCCUCUGCCCGCCUCACACCCACAGGCUUCCAAUAUGACCGCCGCUUCAUGCUCCUCAAGGUCAUCAUCAAGCCAGACGGUGGAGAGGAAAUGCGGCAUAUGAGCGUGUCCAAGUUUCCGGAGAUGGCUUUGUUCAGAACGGAUAUCGUUUUUCCUGACGGGUGUAGAGAUGAGGACGAGACCAAUGAGGGGAGGAUUCUUGUUACUUACUCGCCUCCGACUGAUACGACAUAUAUGGACAGCGAAAAGAGGAUAGAAGUCCCCUUGACACCAGAUGUGGAAGAAUCAAACCUUAAAGAGGUACAAGUGACACUUCACGGAAGCCCGACAAGGGCGUAUGUCAUGGGUCCUGAGUAUAAUGGCUGGUUCAGUACUUGUUUUGGGUAUAGGGUUAUUCUAGUAUAUCUAGGGCCACAUUCGCGUCGUGUGUUGGGGAGUUUUGCGCCGUUGAAGCGGAGUCAAAAAUCAAUUUGGAAUGUGAAUUUGGAACUUGGUCUGGGUUUAUCGUCGCCAAGAGUAUUGGUUGAAGGGACUGCGGUUGUAAUGGUUUUAUGGUUGGUCCUUGUUUACGGGUAUGGAUAUGGAUCAAUAUCGAUCUACUUCCUCGUGGCCGCGGCUAUGCUACGAGGAUUCUUCCUCUUCCAGAAUUCCGCGCCGACAAACCUGAAACGAGGAAAAGAAGAACGAGAAGAAGCAUACAUAACCUUUGCCGAUUGCGCACCCUACCUAAUCGCCUCAAUGACAUCACUACACAACGUCUCCGCGCGACUCCAGGAUAAGGCAAUGAAUAUGACCAAGUUCCGGCCUAAUAUCGUAGUUUCUGGUGCCGAGGCCGCAUUCGAAGAAGACUUCUGGACCGAACUAACCAUACACAACCAAAGCCAAAACCGAGAAGAAACCCGAUUAUUAUUGACAGCAAACUGUGUUCGCUGCACGAGCAUCAACGUCGACUACACAACUGGCAAGAUGGGCAAAGGCGAGGAGGGAAGUGUAUUGAAGAAAUUGAUGAAGGAUAGACGAGUUGAUACGGGGGCGCGGUUUAGUCCUGUUUUCGGACGGUACGCUUUUUUGCCUACUCUUACUGGAAAGGGGAUGGAGGUUAGCAUUGGGGACGGGGUGGUUGUUUCCGGGAGAGCGGAGGUUAGGAGUGUUUAUGAUUGGCCGGGAAUGGGGAAUGUAUAG